AGGAUCGCAGAGCCCGCGGGCCGGGCGAACAAAGCGACGGCGGCGCCGGCAGCCCAGGCGCCGGACGCACGGAGCGAGCGACCCGCUGCGCCUUUGUCUCGGGCGGGGCAGGAGCGGUGGCCGGUGUGGGGCAGCCCGAGCACAGAAUGCGGCGCCCGGAGGGGCGGAUCGAGGAGCGCUGCUGCAGCAGGAGGCGUGGAGCCCGGACCGGAGCCCAAGCGGACUUGUGUGUGUGAAGGGGGUACCCGGCGCGCUGCCCCGCGAGCGCCUGGUGGCCGCACGUGGGCGGGAGCGACUGCCCGCUAGUAGCCCGAGGAGGAGGAGGAAGAGGAGGGCCGCGCGGCCGCGCAGCGGGGACCCGGGGCGGCCUGCGCGAAGCCCCGCCCCGGCCGCCUAGCCCCGCGCGGGCGGGCGGGAUGCCCCGCGGUCACCGCACUUUAGCCUUAGCGCUGCCCUGAGAGAGCUGGUCCAGCGGCCGCGGCGGCGAGCGCACGGGCGCCGCGGGCGCCAUGGAGCAGUGGCGGCAAUGCGGCCGCUGGCUCAUCGACUGCAAGGUCCUCCCGCCCAACCACCGUGUCGUGUGGCCCUCGGCGGUGGUCUUCGACCUGGCGCAGGCGCUGCGCGACGGCGUCCUGCUGUGCCAGCUGCUGCACAACCUCUCCCCCGGCUCCAUCGAUCUGAAGGACAUCAAUUUCCGGCCGCAGAUGUCCCAGUUCCUGUGUUUGAAGAAUAUUCGCACCUUCCUCAAAGUCUGCCACGAUAAAUUUGGACUAAGGAACAGCGAGCUGUUUGACCCCUUUGACCUCUUUGAUGUGCGAGACUUCGGGAAGGUCAUCUCUGCCGUGUCCCGACUCUCUCUGCACAGCAUCGCGCAGAACAAAGGGAUCAGGCCUUUUCCCUCAGAGGAGACAGCUGAGAAUGAUGACGAUGUCUACCGAAGCCUGGAAGAGCUGGCCGACGAACAUGACCUGGGUGAGGACAUUUACGACUGUGUCCCGUGUGAAGAUGAAGGGGAUGACAUCUAUGAAGACAUCAUCAAGGUGGAGGUGCAGCAGCCCAUGAAAAUGGGCAUGACCGAGGAUGAUAAGAGAAGCUGCUGCUUGCUGGAGAUCCAGGAGACCGAGGCCAAGUACUACCGCACCUUGGAGGACAUUGAGAAGAACUACAUGGGCCCCCUACGGCUAGUGCUGAGCCCGGCGGACAUGGCUGCCAUCUUCAUCAACCUGGAGGACCUCAUCAAGGUGCACCACAGCUUUCUGCGGGCCAUUGACGUGUCCAUGAUGGCUGGCGGCAGUACCCUGGCCAAGGUCUUCCUGGAGUUCAAGGAAAGGCUCCUGAUCUACGGAGAGUACUGCAGCCACAUGGAGCAUGCUCAGAGCACGCUGAACCAGCUCCUUGCCAGCCGGGAGGACUUCAGGCUGAAAGUAGAGGAGUGCACGCUCAAGGUCCAGGACGGCAAGUUCAAGCUGCAAGAUCUGCUGGUGGUGCCCAUGCAACGGGUGCUCAAGUAUCACCUGCUGCUCAAGGAACUCCUGAGCCAUUCUGCUGACCGGCCAGAAAGACAGCAGCUGAAAGAAGCGUUGGAAGCCAUGCAGGACUUGGCCAUGUACAUCAAUGAAGUAAAACGGGAUAAAGAGACCUUGAAGAAGAUCAGCGAGUUCCAGUGCUCCAUAGAAAACCUGCAAGUGAAGCUGGAGGAAUUUGGGAGGCCGAAGAUUGAUGGGGAGCUGAAAGUCCGGUCCAUAGUCAACCACACUAAGCAAGACAGGUACCUGUUCCUGUUUGACAAGGUGGCCAUUGUGUGUAAGAGGAAGGGCUACAGCUACGAGCUGAAGGAGGUCAUCGAGCUGCUCUUCCACAAGAUGACUGAUGACCCUAUGCACAACAAGGACAUCAAGAAGUGGUCCUAUGGCUUCUACCUGAUUCACCUCCAAGGAAAGCAAGGCUUCCAGUUCUUCUGCAAGACGGAGGACAUGAAGCGGAAGUGGAUGGAGCAGUUCGAGAUGGCCAUGUCAAACAUCAAGCCGGACAAAGCCAAUGCCAAUCACCACAGCUUCCAGAUGUACACGUUUGAUAAGACCACUAACUGCAAAGCCUGCAGGAUGUUCCUCAGGGGUACCUUCUACCAGGGUUACCUGUGCACCAGAUGUGGCGUCGGCGCACACAAGGAGUGCCUGGAGGUGAUGCCCCCCUGCAAGAUCAGGAGCUCCUUGCAGUUCAGCCAGCCACUCCUGUGCUGUGAGCAUGCACUGUGGAGGCCACCUUUCUGUCGAGACUUCCACUUUGACCCCUGCUUUGCUUCCUUUGCAGGUUCUUCUGCAGACUCGGAUGCUUCUGGAGCCGCCCCAGGUCCCAAGAUGGUUGCUGUGCAGAAUUACCAUGGUAACCCAGCCCCUCCGGGAAAGCCAGUGUUGACCUUCCAGACAGGGGACGUGAUAGAGCUGCUCCGGGGUGACCCCGAUUCUCCUUGGUGGGAGGGGCGACUGGUUCAAACCCGGAAGUCAGGGUAUUUUCCCAGCUCCUCUGUGAAGCCCUGCCCAGUGGAUGGAAGGCCACCUAUUGGCCGCCCGCCAUCCCGGGAGAUUGAUUACACUGCAUACCCCUGGUUUGCUGGCAACAUGGAACGGCAGCAGACGGACAACCUGCUCAAGUCUCAUCCCAGCGGGACCUACCUCAUCAGAGAGCGUCCAGCCGAGGCUGAGCGCUUCGCCAUCAGCAUCAAGUUCAAUGACGAGGUGAAGCACAUCAAGGUGGUGGAGAAGGACAACUGGAUCCACAUCACCGAAGCCAAGAAGUUUGAGAGCCUCCUGGAGCUGGUGGAGUAUUAUCAGUGCCACUCACUCAAAGAAAGCUUCAAGCAGUUGGACACUACGCUCAAGUUCCCCUACAAGUCUCGGGAGCGCGCCACCACCAGGACCUCAAGCCGGUCUUCAGUGUUCACGCCGCGGGUCAUUGGCACAGCUGUGGCCAGGUACAACUUCGCUGCACGGGACAUGCGGGAGCUGUCGCUGAGGGAAGGCGACGUGGUAAAGAUCUACAGCCGAAUCGGCGGGGACCAGGGCUGGUGGAAAGGCGAGACAAACGGACGGAUUGGUUGGUUUCCUUCGACAUACGUGGAAGAGGAGGGCGUCCAGUGAGGGCAAGACCUGGCCAGGACUCACGGAUGUUCUUGGGAAUCACCCCAGCUCUGAAGUCCACCUCUGGCUUCUCCAUGGUUCUGGGAACUGCCUGCUAAGCCUGCAGCUGUUAUGGCCCACAGGGAUGGGGAAGGUGUUCCACCGUCACCUGCCCGGGGUGGCCCGUCCCUGGGUACAUUCCUUGUACAUAGAGGAAACCUGUGCUGGCCACACCCAGAGCACCAAGGAGAGGGGAACUUGGGGCCGCUGUGGCCAGGUGGGUGUGGAUGACAGCCAAGGUCAGAAGACACGGCCUGCCCCUCUGGUUUAGGUGUUCAGGUGUGCCAGGGAGAGCUGGGGACAGCAGAGGGGGCCCUUCCCAGCCCCGUCUGCUCGGCCCUGCACUGAUCUGCCUGUCUUUGCUGCUGCUCUCUAGAGUGGGUGUCAGGUCUCAGGAGGCAGGCAGGACCAGACCAUGCUGUAGCACACACUAGGCCCAUCUGGGGUGCAGGGUCAGAGAGUUUGCACAGGGGCCACCGGGUCAUGCUGGCUCUGCAGAUUUCUCUGACUGCCUCCCUUCCCCACAAGUCAGGGUCCUGCUGGGUGCUAUCUGGGCAGGGUCCCUCUUUCAGGAGGGGCCUUUGGAAAGAUGACAUUGCUGACCCACCCCCAUCCCACCCCGAAUCAGUGGUACUGCUCUUUGCUCCGAAGCCUCUUUCCUGAGGUCUUCCCUGCCCUGCUGCCAGGGGACACAUCAGUGAACCCCAAAGGGCAGGGGAGAGAACCAGGAUCUCCUCCUCCAACUGCCUCUUUUCUCUCCAGGAGGCACUCUUGCUUCUUCUGCAUUCCAAACCAUGGUCCCUAGGGGUCUGCUGGCCUUUGCACUAGCCCUCACCAGGUGUCCCCACAAAGAUCCUGCAGCCCACACACUGGGCUUGAGGCCAACCCAAAAUAAGUGCUCUUGGGGUGUCUCCACCCUUUUCCCCUCCUCUCUCCUGGUGCUUCCUAGCCAUUGACUCCCGUUUUCUCCCUCCAUCUUGCUGCACAAUCCUGGAUGAGGAGAACCAAGGCUAGGGUUUGAGACAUUGUCUCUGCUGGAAUGGGGCCGGGACCUGCACCUGGGGCUAUUUUCCAGCGUUGGCCUCGUGGCCUCCAGCUUCGUGCCCACACACAGCUUGCUGGGAUGUGGAGGGAGGCACCUAGGAACUCAGAAGACGGGGAGCAACAGAGAGUGAGACACCCUGGAAAGGCUCGGGCCAUGAGAAGCUGGUGUGGGAGCAGGGGGCUUGCAGAGAGUCGGGGGCACAGGCCACUUUGCCCGGCUCCUCGGCCCAGCCUGCCCGGUGCCAGCGCAGGCUGUGGGGAGGACUCUGCCAGCCCCUUCCAUAUGAAUGCCCUCAGAACACCCUUGUGCUUUAGUUUUUUUCUGGUUUUUGUUUGUUUGUUGUUGUUUUUGUCCUAUUAUGUUUUGUUUUGCCUGUUUGUGUUUUAAAGGGGAGGGGAAAGUUGUAAUUAUUUCAUCGAAAUCUCCCAUUAUAUAUCUGUGAAUAAGAGAUUCUAUAAUAGCAAAAUGAUGUAUAUUUUAGUUUGUCAUGAUAUAAGUCAUGAUAAUGAAGGACACUGAGAAAAAGAGUAAUCUAGAGCCCUGGUUUUGUGAGUGUUUUGUGUUUGUUUUGACGUUUGUGUUUGGUUUAGUUUUUUUUUUGUUUUUGCGCCACACUGGGCAGGGUGAUGGGAAGGCUGGGCAAGCUGGUACACAGGUGCCUCUGCAGGAGACUGGACACCAUUUGAGGGCUGAGGGCUGGGGGCCUGAGAUCAGCUGUGAACAUUUGCAGUACAAUGCAUGCAAGUCAGGGAUGAGGGGGUCCCACAGUCAGCAGCACCCCCAAUGGAACAAUUGUACAUUUGCCAAUGGGUUUUCCUCCCCAGACUACGGUUUUUACUACAAAUAAACCUACGUUCUAUUCUGCA